GACUUCCGUAUCACGGCACCGCAACACAAUGUCAGGCACACUCGACAAGCUCCUCGCAAAAGGCAAGGCGAAGCUCUCAGAAUUUACUGGGCAGCCUUCCGGAGGCCAUCACCAGCAAGGCCACCCGAACCAAGGCUAUCCGGGCCAGCAGCCUCCCCCGGGCUACCAACAACCCGCUCCAGGCUAUCAGCAGCCACCACAAGGCUAUCCAGCGCCGAAUCCAGGGCAGUACUCUGGCAGCCAGUAUCCUCCGCAAUACCCACCCCAAAACCAGCAAUGGGGCCAGCAGAAUCAACAGCAGAAUCAAUGGGGCGCACCCCCUCAGCAGCAAUGGGGCCCGCCGCCUCCGCAACAGCAGCCCUUUGCGCCGCCCGUUCCCCAGGGUAGCAAGCCCCAUACUCCACAACCUGGCGGGCCCCCACCUAUUCCCCAGAACCGACCGAACUCCGCGCAGCCUCCGCCGCCUCAGAAUCUCCCUCCGCCGCAGGGCCAGAGCGUGUACUGGAAGCCGUCCUUCGACAUCAAGACACCCGUGUCGCAGAACUUCCGGCACGAGAUCGGCGACCAUGGCUGGGGCAAUAACGAGAAGCAGAUGUACACGGACAAACCCGAAAACUCGUUCCAUCACGACAACCGCCUGAUCGUGCGCGCCCUCGUACAGAACGGCAGCUACACUUCUGCGCGUUUGACCUCACACCAGACGCUGUCGCGACCGCGCGGAUACUUGACAGCGACCUGUCUACCUCCGUCCGCACCAGGCAUAUGGCCUGCAUACUGGAUGCUGCCUGCAGACCCGUUCAAAUGGCCGACUGACGGCGAGGUCGACCUUGCGGAGAGCUGGAACGGCGAGACGGAGAACCACUCGUGCCUACAUUGGGGCUCCUACACCGGCGAAGAUGCUCAAAAGCAUCGCGUUGUCAAGACGCCUCUUCCAGACCUUGCACGGCAACCACAUACCUAUGGCUUCGCUUGGAUCGAAGAAGAAGGCAUACCCGGGUGGAGAGGGCGCAUGAUCUGGUACAUCGACAACUACCCAGUCAUGAAGGGUUGCAUUCCAGAGGGCACACGCCGCAUGGAAGACUUUAGAAUUCUCAUCAAUAUCGCCAUGGGCGGGACUGUGAACCAGGGAAAGCUGCCUGCUGAAGGGUACUACGACUUCGUCAUUAGCGAUCUCAAAAUGUGCGAAGAACCCCAUGGCGGAUGGCAACAAUUCGAACAUGCGUGGAACAGCACGCCUGAAGGCAAGGCGAUGUAGCAAGGCUUGGUAGCAGCUACCUAGUAUAUCACAUUUGGGUCUCUGCCCGAUAUCACUCCGUUACCAGUGACCUUUCUAUCCUUUCACCUUCUCGAAAAUGUCCGCUUGUGCACAAGUCAGAAUCGUGGAUCAGGUCGUCGAGGAAAUGCCUAGUCGAGCUUAACAAAUGGUUUCGAAGGAGAAAGAAGCGCUCAGUGAUUUCCAGAAGCACUGACCUUUCCUGAAGGCCAACUACUCCUUCCACUACUAUGACUGCAGGCCGGAUUUAGCACAGUAACCAGCAGCCCUACCACCUGUUUGUCAACUCGAUAACCAUAACACGAAGCAGCUCCACUACGGUGUUCAGCAAGUAUGUCGACCGACAAGGACAUGGCCUCAAUGACUACUUCUCGCCCAAGGACCAGGUUCAUGGACCCGCCUGGCGGUGAGCAACAUUUACCUUAUUACUCU